CAAUGGCAGGCUACCAGCUCUGGUCACCAUGGACCCCACUGGAUGAGAGUUUCCAAUGGCUGCGGCAUACUACACCUACCCCUUCCUCCAAACAUCCUUUUAGGGCCUCUCCUUGCUUCCCCCACACCCCUUCUGACCUUGAAGUGCAGUUGUGCCUUCAAGAAGUCACACUUGUCCUAGACAGCCCACUUGUGGAACCUGGAGAGAGCCCCAAGUUACCCUGUCACACAUCAGAGCUCCGAGCCGUGAGUAACAAGAAAGGGGUGGUGAGGAGGCCCCAGCCGGUCCGCCUCAGUGGAGUGGAUUCUGUGUUUGGUAGGGUCAUCACAGCCCAGCCACCCAAGUGGACCGGAACCUUCAGAGUUUCAGACAAGUCAGCCUUCUGCAAAAUAAUCAGCAGGGAGCACCAGUGGCCUACUGGACUCAAGGAGCCUCAGAUCCAAAUGACAGUGACUAUGUGCAAACAGAUGCUACGCUCAAUCCUCUUGCUGUAUGCAACUUACAAGAAGUGUACCUUUGCCUUGCAGCACUCCAAGUAAAGGGUCCCCGUUGGACCCCUGUCCUCAACACCAUGCUCUCUGAAAUAGGACCUAUGACACUGAGCAAGGAAGAACAUUCCCACUCUAUAAAGCUGAAUGGCCAUUUAAAAGUUAACCUAACUUGAUGUGCACAUGUGAUAAUGAUUACCUUAUCAUAUAAAUAAGCCAGCCUAGUGUGAGCACAACUCAAAUACCAAAGACAAUGAUGAGCUGGUGAAGAAAGGGAGGCCAAGAAAAGACAGGUAUGGAUCUCUGGGUACCAGAGGAUGAAGGGGUCAAAAAUUUGUACAUGAGUUAAGGACUAAUUUAAAAACAGCAUUCCCUCCUCAAACCAAUGUGAAGAAGAAGAAACAAAACAACAACCCAAUAAAACAUAACUUUAAUACUGGUCUGAGUAAAAACAUUAACAAACAUUAAAUAAUCUUAAUGGCACAGCAAGGAAGAGCCUGGCAACGGCUCUGAGACUGGGCUUCCUGGCAGAAGACAGAAGAGUCCCCUGUUUUAGCUCCUGGUGUUCUAUUUCAAAUAUAUUACAAUUAUUUUGUAUGAUUCUUACAAGUAGAUUCUAGGCAUAAUUGAGAAUAAUGUGGAAAUAAAUACUAUAUAUACAUACAAA